GCAAAUUUGAAUUGUCAGCUAUGUGACUUUUUUCCUCUGGUUUAGAUAUCUAGAAGUUUGAUUUCAGUUUCCUUCCAAAGCAGUUGGGUCAGUAAAACUGUUUAGCUGAUAUAAACCACAAGGAACGCUCAUUUUCCUCCCUGUCAAAUACUUCUAAGGGAUUCAGUGAAUUUGGUCUGCUGGAGGGAAUGGCCAUUUCCCUGAUACAUGUGAGAAACUCACCUUGUGUUCAGUUGUGCUCAAAGUUCUCAAGAAUCCUAAGGGAAGAAAUUAGAAGUCUGGUUUAAGUAGCACAAUACCCAUUGCAGCACGUGCUCUGUAACACCAAAACUAAUCACAGCGAUAGAGCAUAGAUACUGCGUCAUAAGUUGCCUUUAUUUUCUUCCAUCUAAAAGAGAAGUAUUGGUCUUUAGGGAUGCUCUGGAUUCAACACCACAAAUUAUUUCAUGCUAGAAAUAACCAGAGGGUCGUCAGGAGUUUUGUAUCAUUCUGAAUUCACUUCUCUCUCUUCAGCCUGGGGGUUAAAUUCCCCCCCAUUUGAAAGGUCACAGACUGUACUCCUCAGGUUUGUUUUUAGAGGCAGCUCUUGGCUGGGCUGGCAUUGGGCAGAGCACAUUUGCUUGGAAUGCUGCCACUUCCAAAUUUAAGUCAGGGCUGUGCUGUUAAAAGCCCGGAGGGAGACACCAUCUCAGAGGCACUGGCAAGUGAGUGCUUUUCAAAGGUAGGAUAUUGUGCUUUCUUCAGCCUAAAGUCGGUGGCUAAUCCAGCUUAGAGCUGCUCUGCUUCUGGACAAGGGCUUCCUUAAGAAAAAAUGAUCCUUUUCCCUUCCUUUUAGCCCCUCAUCUUUGAAAUGACACCUUUUGAUUGCUGAAAAUAGCCUCCCAGUUGCUGCCAUUUGUCACGUAAAGGACAAUGUGAUUUUAGGUGGCUGGAGCUAAAGGAGAAUAGCUGUUGUGUAGCAGGGGGUUAGUUUCUUUUAGGACUUGGUCUCAUCUUUGCUGCCUUUAGUGCACUCUUGACCUUUUUAACUAAGAUCCUUCAGAAAUCAUUGUCCUGGGGUUUAUGGGAUAACAUCCAGAUUUUGGUUUCAGAUGAAAGCUGGGGGGUUUUAACUGGAUAUGUAUGAUUUAUCUUAAGGUAAGCCUUUCCAAGAGUUUCCAAUCACCUCUGUUUGCUUACAGUAUUUGCUAUACAUUAUUUCUGCUCUCUGAUUACGUCUGUGUUCCAACCCUGCCUUUUGGGAUGGGGAACUGAGAAUUACAGGACUUUAUUUGAAGCAGUUAUGAGCAGUGGCAUCUCCUGCUGAUAAACUGGUGUCAGAAACAUGAUCUGUUAAGAAUUAAUAACAAUGUUUUUCAGCAUGAAUACCCAAAUGUUUGAACAAAGGUGAUAGUGGGGGCUCAGACUGGGACUGGGUGAUUUUCCCACUUUGUAUCUAUAAUACAGAGAAGAAGGGAAGGGGGAAGGAGAAAAAGAAAACCAAUAAAAAGCUUGGAAAGUGGUUUUCAAAUGAGAAAGGAUCAAAGAGACCUUCUUUGCAUAGAAAGUGCAUGAAUAAUAACUGAUGUGAUUCAGGAAUAAGUCAACCAGGCAUAACUGGUUCAUGCUGAUGAGGCACCAAAACACAGCUUUUAGUUGGUAGGCUUGGGGGGACUCUUUGCCACCAGCCCCUGUGGCAGAGAGUUUAGUCCUUGCACAGCCAACCUUUAUUUUUGCCUAAGAACAUGAAAGAACCAGGCUGGAAUCAAACAUGGGACUCCCUCCUAUCUCCUAGUGUGCUUUAGCUACAAAAGGUGUCAGAAAAGCCCCUUCUUCCCAGUUACCUUUUCAUCUGCUUUCCACUAUCUACUGAAAUCAGAAGCAAAGCUGCUCGGGGCCAGAUCUUUUAAAUACCUCAGCUUGGACCAGGGCUCAUAAAGGAAGUUCCACUGCAUCUGUCAGCUCCCACUCUGGAAAUAAUGAGAAGUCCUAAGUGGGAGCUGAAGAGUUUUGAUCCCAAAAUGUCCUGUGAGCCUCACAUCUCAGUGUCAGCACAGCACCUGCUCUCCCUGCCCACAUCUCACCUCCUGACUCUCAAGAGACCUUUGAGAGCAGAAAGAAAGGGACAACAUAAAGAGAGCAGCUGCUGUAACUGAACAUGAGCCAGAAAGCAGAACCUUCUUCUUAUGCAGCCUAAAGAGGCCAGUGGCCUUGUGGCCAAAACAGCUCUUUCCCAGGAAGUAUUUUAGGGGUGCUACACACUCUUGUGCUAAAUCAGCUCUGCUGUAAAUCAGUGCUAAAUACCCUGUGUAGAGCACAAAGAGGGAUGAGAUGCUGCUCUGAGUAACUGGGUGCUGGGCUCAUGCAUUGCUUUGCAACAGAAUGAGUUUAAUCCCAGCUGGGUUCCUGAUUUCCCACUUUGGGCACCCUCCCUCUGCCCGAGGGAGAUCGUGGCCUGGAUGUCUUGUUGCAUUAUGCACAGUGUAUUACACAAUGAGUUGGCUGAGGAAUGGGGAGCUCCACAGUUCCUUGAGAAGAGCUGUGUACUAACUUGAGGGGUUUAUUUUUAGACCUUGUCAAGUUUAUUUCGAGCCAGCUCAGCUAUCUUUAGGUGUUAUUUUAUUGUGUUCCAGCUAUCCCUCCAGAAAUACUUAUUCUAUACAGUUCACUACUGUUUCAGCAAGCUGGUCUGCUCACUGAGCAGCUACUUAAGGAAUUCUGCCCAAGCCCCUGAUGGAAAUCUGGAAGAGCCUGGUAUUUUCCACAUUAGUUCUGUUCCAUGGCAUGUAGCACCUCUGUCAUCUUCUCAGCUCUCUACAAGUUCAGUCCUGCUUAGUGACACUGAAUUCUGGCUUAGCAUUAUUAGUUACCUCUUGUUUUCUGCUUCUUGUGCUGAUCUCUGCACAACGGGGAAGGUGGUGAUAUACUCACACUUGGUUUUCACUUUAAGUGUGACCCAGAAGUUGUAUAGAUCCCAGGAAGGGACAUCAAGCAUAAAAGCUUGGGGGUGGAUACAGCGGGCAAGUGAGGGGCCUUUUUUACAGCAGAAGUAUCACUUUAUCCAUGGAGUAAGCUGUAACAUAAACUACUCCCAUGAAGGCAAUGGCUUAGCAAGGAGAUUAGGGUUAUGCAUUGGUAUCAGAAUCCAAUUCCAGGAUGAGCUCAAGGUCUCAUAGCUACCUUGAGCUUGGGUUUCAUUCACAGGUUUAGUUUCAGUACAUCAGAAUACAGUUAAACUGCAUGAUUACUGUUGGCAUAAGAGCACGAUCUUGGGCUUUACCCUGCUAGAAUGGACAUGUGGUUCAUUUAAAGCAGACAACUUGUCUCUACUAACAGGUGGUAAAAGACACUGAAGAUGGAAGCACAGAUUCCAGUGCAGGAAGCAAAUAACAUGCUAGAGAGAAAACUUACUCUGAGCCUCCAGAAGCCAGCCUGGUUUCUAUCCAUCUGGGAUGACAGGCAGUAACUGGUCUCUGGGAUAUAGAUACUGUGGUACUGGCUGUUCCAGAGAAAUCCAAGAGGUUUUAUUACAGUCAGAAGGAUGCAAAGGCAGAUCCCAGCCCAGAGGAGCUUUCACUCUAAAUACAGGAGAGUGAACCUAGAGCAGAACGUGGGAACAGCAUCUCUGAAGCCAACUCUGUUCCAUGACAGCUGAGAAGUCCAACUCCAAGUGUCCUUCCGGGAUGUUCAGAUGAGCAUUUCAAUGCUUAUAAUUGGGUACUGAUGUGAGCUUUGGAGAGUCUAAAGGAAGAGAUGAGGAAAUCAGUUGAAGAUACCUCUGUGUGCGAUCUGGUUUAUUGAUGAUCAGAGUUAAGGAAAAAGACUUCCCUAGUUUUGAAGCCUCUGCUGAUUUUCUUGCUGGUGAAAUAGUCUGUUUCCUUUCAUCCUGUGGCUCUAGGAAGACGGUUCAGAAAGGAAGACUCAUGGAUUUCACAAGCACAGUCAUCAUCCCACUGCUUUUUGGCAGCGUGGGGAUCUUCGCCCUUUUUCGCCUGCUGCAGUGGAUGCGGAUGCGAGCGUACCUGCAGGAGGCAGUGGUGGUGAUCACAGGGGCUACCUCGGGCCUGGGAAAAGAAUGUGCCAAAGCUUUCCAUGCAGCUGGCUGCAAGCUGGUGCUCUGUGGCAGAGACAGUGAGAAACUCCAAGACGUGGUUCAGCAGCUUUCCACUGUGACCAACCACCGCAAGAAGACACACAAACCUCACACCGUGGUAUUCGACCUCUCGGACACUAAAACUGUGCUAAAUGCUGCUGAAGAGAUCCUGAAGUACCUGGGGCACGUGGACAUACUGAUCAACAAUGCAGGCAUCAGUUUCCGAGGCACAAUUGUGGACACAGUACUGGAUGUGGAUAAGAAAGUGAUGGAAACAAAUUAUUUUGGUCCUAUAGCACUCACCAAAGCACUUCUCCCCUCCAUGAUCAAGAGGAGACAAGGCCACAUUGUGGCCAUCAGCAGUGUGCAAGGCAAAAUAAGCAUUCCUUUCAGAUCCGCGUAUGCUGCCUCCAAGCAUGCCACCCAGGCCUUCUUUGAUUGUCUACGAGCAGAGGUGGAGCAGUAUGACAUUGAUGUGACAGUUAUAAGCCCUGGAUACAUUCAGACAAACCUCUCUCGCAAUGCUGUAACAGCGGAUGGAUCUCACUAUGGAGUUACGGACAAGAACACCAUGGAAGGACAGACAGCUGCAGAGGUGGCUCAGGUGGUGCUCAAUGCAGUGGGACAGAAGAAGAAGGAAGUACUUGUAGCUGGGCUGAAGCCCUCCCUGGCUGUCUACCUGCGAAACCUCUGCCCCAGGCUCUUCUUCAGCUUAAUGGCAGAUAGAGCGAAAAAGGAGAGAAAAGCAAAGGCCUCUUAGAGUUGAGCUCACUGGAGCAGUGACUGCAGGGAGAGGCUGAGCCCCUGCACUUCAGUUGGGACAUCGGGAGGUGCUCCUGCAGGAAAACCCUUUCUCAAAAUGCUGCAGUUUACCAUUGCAUGGAGAGUGGGAAGCUGCUUCCCCCGCACCAGGACAGGCCCAUUUGCUGGAAGGCAGCGCCUGAAGCUCACCUGGAGAAGGGUGCUUGGACAAAGGGGGAGAGCUGAGGCUGCAGUGGAGGCAGCUCAAGGGAGCACACACCACAGCAGGGGAGGCCCAUGUGCUGGAAAACAGCACCUCACCUCACCUCACUCCAGGCUUGCUCAACUUUACUGGUCUGCUACAAAUAAAACCCCCCUGUUUUGCCUUCACACAAGCUGAUCUGAGCUUUCCUCACACCAUGGCCCCUGUGAAAUACACUCCUCAGCUGAGGAGUGAGCAGUGUCUCCUUCCCACUCCUUCCACUCUGAUCUAGAACACGUUGCUUGAAGUGCGGAACUUCACAGAGCCUCUCCUUGUCAGCUUGUCACAUCAUCUGGUGUGUUCAGCUAAAGUCAAGUCCAGUGCCACUUUUAAAGUAGCUGAUGUCAAAUCUAAGUUUUAUCUGGCAGUUCCCUGUGUGAGUGAUGCCUUAUUGACAUGGUUCAGUUUAACUCUGCACUACCUGACAGCACAGUGUUCACCCAGCACGAGCUAAAGCAGGGGGAGGACUGGACAGACAGAAGCCAGCACAGCAGGACGUGGUGCUGCGUGUGAGCACUGUGAGCCAGCACCACUAGGAAAAGCAGUGGCUGCACAGAGGUAGGUCAGUAAGGACAGAAAUAGUCCUUUUUAACUCACAAUUGAACUAAAGCCUAUCAGUAGGAACCAAGGUCCAGACCCCUGUGGCCACCUCCAUGCACUUCCCAGCAUUUUCCAUGUGUCCUGCCUUGUAUGUCCUGCCUGUGAGUGCACAUCAAUGACAAAUAAAUGACAUUGCUAUGAGAUCAA